UCAAUCAAUAAUUUUGCAUCACGGAAUAUCGUUCGAAAUACUAGAGAUGGAACAGUGGUUAGGUAAAGUUGCCGUCGUGACCGGUGCAAGUGCGGGAAUCGGAGCCGCCAUAGCAAAGGAUUUGGCCAAAGCUGGAAUGGUGGUCGUUGGAUUGGCCCGACGAGUGGAACUCGUUGAAGCACUCAAAGCUGAUCUACCUAAAUCGGCAAGCGAUCGCCUCCAUGCUGCCAAGUGUGAUGUGUGCAAGGAGGAAGAUAUUCUGCAGACGUUCAAGUGGGUGGAAGGCAAAUUCGGCGGUGUGGACGUUCUUGUCAAUAACGCCGGUGUUAUGCGGCCAACUGACUUGAUGGAGGUCGGCAAUACACAAAACCUGCAUGAAAUACUGAGUACAAAUGUUAUGGGAUUGGUGCUGUGCAGUCGGGAGGCUUUUCAAUCGAUGAAGAAGCGCUCAGUGGAUGGUCAUAUUGUGCACAUCAAUAGCGUCGCUGGCCACAAAGUGUUGGAAGCACCGAAAUCUGGUAUCUAUUCUGCUUCUAAGUACGCUGUUACCGCCGUUACGGAAACGAUGAGGAACGAACUGAGGAAUGCAGGAACGAGGAUAAAAGUUACGAGUAUCUGCCCUGGACUGGUCAAAACCGAGCUUAUAACGGAAGUAUUCCCUCAAGGAAGUAUAACAUUGGAAGCGGAAGAUAUCUCCAAUGCUGUUCUGUAUGUGUUAAGUACGCCACCACGAGUUCAAAUCCAUGAACUCAAAAUCAAACCAGCUGGAGAACUUUUUUAGCUUUAAAAUCUAGAGUGUGGCAAAUACCAUACUACAAUUUUAAUACUACUUUUAAGAGAAGAUUCAAAAAAGCAGUAUCAACAGUCAUACAACAUUAAUAUGGGGAUAAAAUCUAUUGUUAAAUAAAUUAUCUUUUAUCUAUAUA